CGAAUUCCUUGAGGAAACUCCCGAAGCCAGUGACACUGCAAGUGAAACAGUUAAAGAUGAUGAAAGUUCAGAACGACAUUUUGGCAGUCCAUGCAUGAAACAUGAGGAAAAUACAAAGAGAAAAGGUGAGGCACUGGGUGGGAGAGGCUAAAGCAGGGGAGGAGGAAGAUAGCCAAGGAUUUGCUGCUGUAGGACCUAUCCAGGAAACAGAGCAGAGCAAUAUGAAUUCAGCAGAACACGAAGGAGAAACUGACACUAACUUAGUUGAGAAAAUUGAAUCUGCACACUACGAUAUUGAAAGACCCUUGAAUUUAAAUUCUGAGGAGAAUGACACAGAAACUUUGAGAGAAAAUACCAAAACAAUUACCACUGAUGAAGCAGAGAGACAAGUUAUAAACCUUGAACAAAGCUUCAAGAAAGAAGGGAAGGAAGAUACAGCAAUUCCUAGUUAUGAAAUCACUGAAGAUGAAAUUCCUGAAGAAAAGGUUCUUAAAGAACCAGGAGAUUCUGGAGGAGGUGAGAGCACCACGUGGGAGCUAAAUAAGAAUAUCGAAAUACCUGAAAAUAUUCUUAAUACGUCAACAGUGAAAUGUGAAGAAGGUGAGCAGGGAGAAGGUAAGAACACAGCUCCAACAAAAGCUACAGAAGAGGAUCACAGAGAUGAGGACCCGUUUACUGUCGAAGUGGCUGAAGAAGAUCAUGACUAUAACAGUGCAAUCUCGGUUACAGAAACGAGCGCAAAAGUAACAUCAAAUGAUGAAGAAGAUGCACCACAGGCCUUGCAGAAAAAUGAACCAGGAGGGGACCUUCAAAAUGUGCUGGAUGUGAUGCCUGAGGAAAUUAAGACAGAAACAUCCAGGGAAAGUGCAGAAGUAAUUACCUGCAGAAAAGAGGAAAGAACAAUUCAGAACUCACAAGAAUCCUCGGACAAAGAAAGGAAAGAAGAUAUAGAAAGUACAAUUAAUACAGAAGAAAAUGACACUGCAGUGGUGGAGGCAUGUACUAAGGCAGCUGAUUUGAGUACAAUUAUAGAGGAAAAGAACUUAGAGGAGCAGGAAAUUCAGAAACUCUCUUCUUCAUUGGUAGUAGAAGAAACAACUAAGGAAAUCUCAGAGGAAGAAGAAAUCUAUGGAGUGAUACUAAAAGAAGAGAGAAAGGAAGCACAUGCAAAAUGUAAGGAGCCCGCUGAGGGAGCAAAUCUGACACAAGACUUAAAAUCUGAAACUACAGAAGACAGAACAGAGACAGAUAAGGACAUCUAUGCUCCAAUUUCAGAGGGAGAAAUCCAUGCAGAAGAAAGCAAGAAAACAUUUGUUCCAAAAAAUUCCUUUCUCUCUGAUGUACCCGAGAUGGAGAUUGAAAAACAUUUUCAGGUGAACGAUGUGCCUACAGUUAGCAAUUUUGACUCUGUGUCCGGAAUAGUGAGUCAAGUAACAGGCUUGGUGGAAGCUGAAACAGAGAACCAGGAGCAGGAAAAAAAGAAUGAUAUUGCUCCUGAAGAGAAGGUUCUACCAACCAUCUUCACCAGUGAAAAGAUUGAUGUACAAGAAGAGGAAAAUUUCAAUUCAAAAGAGAAGUUGGAGAACCAGAUUCCAACAACAGCAGGUAAACCUGAAACAUGCUUGAAAGAAGCUGAAGCAGAAAAUAAGGAGCAUGUCCAAAAUAUUGAUCCUGAAGAGAAGGGCGUAGAAACCAUCUUAACAGAUAAAACAGCCUUGGACAUUGAAGAUAUUGCUGUACAAGCAGGGGAAAAUUUCAAUUCAAAAGAGAAUUUGGAGGAGCAGAUUCCAACAGCUGCAGAUGAAGGUGAAACAUUCUGGAAGGAAGCUGAAGCAGAAAACAAGGAGGAGAUCAAACAUACUGAUAUUGCUUCUGAAGAGAAGGGUCUAGAAAUCAUCUUAACGGAUGAAACGGCCUUGAACAUUGAAGACAUUAAUGUACAAGCAGAGGAAAAUUUGAAUUCAAAAGACAACUUGGAGAAGCAGAUUCCAACAUCAGCAGAUGAAGGUGAAACAUUCUCGAAUGAAGCAGAAGCAGAAAAGGAGGAGGAGAUCAAACAUACUGAUAUUGCUCCAGAAGAGAAGGGUCUAGAAACCAUCUUAACGGAUGAAACGGCCUUGGACAUUGAAGACAUUUAUGUCCAAGCAGAGGAAAAUUUCAAUUCAAAAGAGAACUUGGAGGAGCAGAUUCCAACAGCAGCAGAUGAAGGUGAAACAUUCUGGAAGGAAGUUGAAGCAGAAAACAAGGAGGAGAUCAAACAUACUGAUAUUGCUUCUGAAGAGAAGGGUCUAGAAACCAUCUUAACGGAUGAAACGGCCUUGGACAUUGAAGACAUUAAUGUACAAGCAGAGGAAAAUUUGAAUUCAAAAGACAACUUGGAGGAGCAGAUUCCAACAUCAGCAGAUGAAGGUGAAACAUUCUCGAAUGAAGCAGAAGCAGAAAACAAGGAGGAGAUCAAACAUACUGAUAUUGCUCCGGACAAGAAGGGUCUAGAAACCAUCUUAACGGAUGAAACGGCCUUGGACAUUGAAGACAUUUAUGUACAAGCAGAGGAAAAUUUCAGUUCAAAAGAAAACUUGGAGGAGCAGAUUCCAACAACAGCAGAUGAACAUGAAUCAUGCUUGAAAGAAGCCCAAGCAGAAAAUAAGGAGCAGGUAAAAAAUACUGAUAGUAUUCCUGAGGAGAAGGGUUUAGUAACCAUCUUAACAGAUGGAACAUCCUUGGACAUUGAAGAUAUUUAUGUUCAAGCAGAGGAAACUUUCAACGCAAACGAGAAGUUGGAGGAGCAGAUUCCAAAAGCAGCGGAUGAAGGUGAAACGUUCUUGAAGGAAGUUGAAGCCCAAAAUGAGGAGCAGGCCAAAAAUAUUGAUAUUGCUCAUGAAGAGAAGCGUCUACCAUCCAUCUUAACAGAUGAAACGGCCUUGGACAUUGAAGAUAAUGAUGUACAAGCAGAGGAAAAUUUUAAUUUAAAAGAGAACUUGGGGAAGGAGAUUCAAACAACAGCAGAUGAACGUGAAACAUUCUUGAAAGAAGCCGAAGCAGAAAAUCAGGAGCAGGUAAAAACUACUGAUAUAGUUCCAGAAGAGAAGGGUCUAGCAACAAUCUUAACAGAUGAAACAUCCUUGGACGUUGAAGAUAUUGAUGUACAAGCAGAGCAAAACUUCAAAUCAAAAGAGAACUUGGAUGAGCAGAUUCCAGCAGCAGCAAAUGAAGGCGAAACAUGCUUGAAGGAAGCCGAAUCAGAAAACAAGGAGCAGACAAAAGAUAUCAAUAUUGCUCCAGAAGAGAAGGGUCUAGCAACCAUCGUAACAGAUGAAACAGCAUCAGAAAUUGAAGAUGGUGAUGUACAAGCAGAGGAAAAUUUCAACUCAAAAGAGAACUUAGAGAAGCAGUUUCCAACAGCAGCAAAUGAAGUUGAAACAUGCUUGAAAGAAGCCAAAGCAGAAAAUAAGGAGCAGGUCAAAGAUACUGAUAUUGUUCAUGAGGAGAAAGGUCUAGCGACCAUCUUAACAGAUGACACAUCCUUGGACGUUGAAGAUAUUGAUGUACAAGCUGAGCAAAAUUUCAACUCAACAGAAAACUUGGAGGAGCAGAUUCCAACAGCAGCAGAUGAAGAUAAAACAUGCUUUAAGGAUGCCGAAACAGAAAGCAAGGAGCAGACCAAAACUACUGAUAUUGCUCCAGAAGAGAAAGGUCUAGCAACCAUCUCAGCAGUUGAAAUGGCCUUGGACAUUGAAGAUAUUGACGUAAAAGCAGAGGAAAAUUUAAACUCUAAAGAGAUUUUAGAGAAGCAGAUUCCAACAGCAGCAAAUGAAGGAGAGACAUGCUUGAAGGAAGCCGAAUCAGAAAACAAGGAGCAGACAAAAAAUAUCAAUAUUGCUCCAGAAGAGAAGGGUCUAGCAACCACCUUAACAGAUGAAACGGCAUCAGAAAUUGAAGAUAGUGAUGUACAAGCAGAGGAAAAUUUCAACUCAAAAGAGAACUUAGAGAAGCAGUUUCCAACAGCAGCAGAUGAAGUUGAAACAUGCUUGAAAGAAGCCAAAGCAGAAAAUAAGGAGCAGGUCAAAGAUACUGAUAUUGUUCGUGAGGAGAAAGGUCUAGCGACCGUCUUAACAGAUGACACAUGCUUGGACGUUGAAGAUAUUGAUGUACAAGCAGAGGAAAAUUUCAACUCAAAAGAGAACUUAGAGAAGCAGUUUCCAACAGCAGCAGAUGAAGUUGAAACAUGCUUGAAAGAAGCCAAAGCAGAAAAUAAGGAGCAGGUCGAAGAUACUGAUAUUGUUCAUGAGGAGAAAGGUCUAGCAACCGUCUUAACAGAUGACACAUCCUUGGACGUUGAAGAUAUUGAUGUACAAGCGGAGCAAAAUUUCAACUCAAAAGAGAACUUGGAGGAGCAGAUUCCAACAGCAGCAGAUGAAGAUAAAACAUGCUUUAAGGAUGCCGAAACAGAAAACAAGAAGCAGACAAAAACUACUGAUAUUGCUCCAGAAGAGAAGGGUCUAGCAACCAUCUCAGCAGUUGAAACGGCCUUGGACAUUGAAGAUAUUGAUGUCAAAGCAGAGGAAAGUUUCAACUCUAAAGAGAUUUUAGAGAAGCAGAUUAUAACAGCAGCAGAUGAAGGUGAAACAGGCUUGAAGGACGCUGAAGCAGAAAAUAAGGAGCAGGUCAAAGAUACUGAUAUUGUUCAUGAGCAGGUAAAAAAUGAUAUUGCUCCUGAAGAGAAGGUUCUAGCAACCAUCUUAACAGAUGAGACAUCAUUGGAUGUUGAAGAUAUUGAUGUACAAGCAGAGCAAAAUUUCAACUCAAAGGAGAACUUGGAGGAGCAUAUUCCAGCAGCAGCAGAUGAAGAUGGAACAUGCUUGAAAGAAGCCAAAGCAGAAAAUAAGGAGCAGGUCAAAGAUACUGAUAUUGUUCAUGAGGAGAAAGGUCUAGCGACCGUCUUAACAGAUGACACAUCCAUGGACGUUGAAGAUAUUGAUGUUCAAGCAGAGCAAAAUUUCAACUCAAAAGAGAACUUGGAGGAGCAGAUUCCAACAGCAGCAGAUGAAGAUAAAACAUGCUUUAAGGAUGCCGAAACAGAAAACAAGAAGCAGACAAAAACUACUGAUAUUGCUCCAGAAGAGAAGGGUCUAGCAACCAUCUCAACAGAUGAAACGGCCUUGGACAUUGAAGAUAUUGAUGUAAAAGCAGGGGAAAUUUUCAACUCAAAAGAGAUUUUAGAGCAGCAGAUUACAACAGCAGCAGAUGAAGGUGAAACAGGAUUGAAGGACGCCGAAGCAGAAAAUCAUGAGAAGGUAAAAAAUGAUAUUGCUCCUAAAGAGAGGGUUCUGGCAACCAUCUUAACAGAUGAAACGGCAUCGGAAAUUGAAGAUAGUGAUGUACAAGCAGAGGAAAGUUUCAACUUAAAAGAAAACUUGGAGAAGCAGAUUCCGACUGCAGCAGAUGAAGGUGAAACAGGCUUGAAGGAAUCCGAAUCAGAACACAAUGAGCAGGUAGAAAAUGAUAUUACUCCUGAAGAGAAGGUUCUAUCAACCAUUUUAACAGAUGAAACGGGCUUAGACAUUGAAGAUAUUUACGUAGAAGCAGAGGGAAAUUUUGACUCAACGGAGUUCUUGGAAAAUCAGAUUCCAACAGAAGCAGGUAAGACCACGGAGCAAAGCUUUCAAGUGCAAAGUCUUGAGAAAGCAGAUCCAAAAUUGGGAGUUGAAGAUGAGAGUCACGAAUCAGAAGAUCAUCCUGAGAAGAAUAUCAUAAUAGUUGAAGAGCCGCAAUGGUUGCAGGUCUUUGAUGAACCAAAGAUCAAAGGCAGAGAUUUGAACAAAGAAGAAAUCCUAGAAGGCAAUGUCACCUUUUCACCAGAAUCAAUUGAAGAAGAUGCAGGCAAUAACUCCCAAGAAAUUGAAAAAGAGAUAAAAAAUCUCAAAGAAGAGGGCAGCAGUGUAGAGAGCAUGAAAGAAGGCAAUGGUGAUGACCUCUCACCAGAGUAUAUUCCAGAAGAUGAAAGUGAAAAGUUCAAAGAAGACAAAAUGGAUGCAGUGGAGUGGAAAGAAGAGAUCCUUGAAGAGUCACGUACUGCUGGAAUAGGUGAGAGCACAGUAUCUGAGACAAAUAAGAUUGCUGAAGAAAUUCUUAAUACUUUGCCAGUGAAAUAUGAAGGUGGUCAGCAGGGAGAGGGUAACAUCCCAGCUUCAGCAAAAGCUUCAGAGGAAGAAGACCCAAUUGAGGACACAUUUCCUGUCAAGUUGGCUGAAGUCGAGGAUGAUGAUAUUAGUACAGUCGAGGUUAUAGAAACGAGUGCGAAGGUAAUUGGUGAAGAAGGUUCACCACGGGCUGUGCAGAAAUAUGAACCAGGAGAGGGGCUUCAAAAAUUGCUGGAUGUGAUGCCUGAAGAAACCAAGGCAGAAUCAUCAAGAGAAAAUGCACAGGUAAUUACCUGCACAAAGGAGGAAAGAGCAAUUCAGAACAUAAAAGAAUCCAAAGAAGAAGAUACAAAUGCCAUAAAUGAUACGAAACAAAAAGACACAGGAUCGGAGGAGGUGUUGGAGAGAAACAGUAGAGAACAAGAAACAGGAGUGCAUGCAUUACAGGAAAUUCAUCCUCAAGAAUUCAAUGAUAAAGAAACAACUGAAGACAACUCCACGGAAUAUCAGGCGUGUAUUGAGGCAGCUGAUUUUAGCCCAAAAAUAGUACAAGGAAACUUAGAGGAACAGGCCAAUCGGGAACUCUCUUCUUCACUGGUGGGAGACAACAUAAUUAAGGAAAGCUCAGAAGAAGAAGAAAAUUAUGUGUCGAAUCUGAAAAAAGAGAAAAAGGAAGCGCAUGAGGAAUGUAAAGAGCCCAUUGAGGUCACAAAUAUGAUAGAGGAGGAAACAAACUCUGAAACUUUUGAGGACAAAAGAAAGCCAAAUGAGGACCUCUGUACUCCUAUUUCAGAGGAAGAAACCCAUGCAGAAGAAAGUAAUUCCUUUCAGUCCGAGGUAUCUGAGAAGGAUGGCUCCACAGUUAUCAAUUCUGACUCUGUGUCUGGAAUUGUGAGGCACCAAACAGUCUUGAAGGAAGCUGAAGCAGAAAACAAAGAGCAGGUCGAAAAUACUGAUACUGCUCUUGAUGAGAAGGGUCUAGCAACCAUCUUGACGGAUGGAACUACCUUGGACGUUGAAGGUAUUGAUGAACAAUCAGAUGAAAAUUCCAACUCAAAAGAUUUCUCAGAGAGCCAGAUUCCAACAGUUGCGGUUGUGGAUGAAGGUGAAGAGAAGGUAGGACUUGGAAACAUCAAUUUAGAUGACGCCCCUGUUAACUUUCAAGUGCAAAGUCUUGAAGAAGCAGAACCAACACUGAGAGUUGAAGAUGAGAAUAAUAACAUGAUAGCUGAAGAGGUGAAGCCUCAACUGUUGGACCAGGUCUUUGAUGAACCAAAGAACAUUGAGGGAGAUUUCAAUAAAGGAAAAAUCAUAGAAGCCAAUGCUGCAAUUUUUUCGCCAGAAUUAAUUCAAGAAGAAACAGUUAAGAACUCUCAAGACAAUGACAAGGAGACAGAAAAGUUAGAGGAAGAGGGAAGCAGCAUAGAGAACAUAAAAGAACUCAAUACUAAUGACCUCCAACUAGAGUCUAUUCCAGAAGAUGGAAGUGAAAAGUUCAAAGAUGACAAACAGGAAGCAGUGAAGUUCAAAGAAGAGAUCCUUCAAGAGUUACAUGCUGCUGGAGUAGGUGAGGGCACUGCAUGUGAGACAAGUAAGAUUGCUGAAAGGUCUGAAGAAAUUUUGUAUACUUCACCAGUGAAAUAUGAAGAAGGUCCACUUGGAGAAGGUAACAGUCCAACUUCAGCAAAAGCUUCAAAUGAGGAGGAUAAAGAUGAAGAAACAUUUUCUGUCAAAGUGGCUGAAGACGAUGAUAGCAACAAUGGUGCAGUCACAGUGACAGAAACAAGUGAAAAGGUGACAUCAAAUGAAGAAGGAGAUUCAUCACAGUCUUUGGAGAAAUAUGAAUUGGGGGAGGAGGUACAGGUUAAAACUAGUGAUUUAGCAUAUGAAAACAAGGUUUACAACCUGGAGGUCAAAGCUUCUUUUGCUGAAAGGACAGCAGAAGAGACAAGCUUGAGAAAGGAAGGGCACAAGGAGGUAUCGGAUUUGGCUUUGGAAAAGCUAGAUGUUGAUGCAACUGAAGAAGAAAUCAGAGAAGGAUCUGAAAUAGUUCCUGAAUCUGAUUCUCAAAACAUUGAUGUAGUUUCCAAAGAUGAUAUCAUUGCUUGUCAUGCACUCCACGAAGGGAUAUCAAAAGAGCAACUUCAAAUACCAUCUUCUACAUUGCUUCCCGAGGAAAGAGAGCUCAAAUCUAAUCAACAUGAGCAUGAAACUACAACCCAAGACAAGAAUAUAGAAGAAGAGCACACACAUGAAGGGGAAGUGCCAGCUGAUGAAAACACGGGAGAUGUAUUUGCUGCAAGGUCAGUAGAAGAGGCACACUUGCAAAAGGAAGAACCCAGAGAGCUCAAAGCUUCUGAAUUGUCUCUGGAAAAGCUAGAUGCCAGUGAAAGUGAAGAAGAAAUCAAAGAAAGUUUUGAAACGGUCUCUAAAUCUGAUUGUCUAAGCAUUGAUGCAGUUUCCAAAGAUGAAAUCAUUGCUGAUCAAACACUCCUUGAGGGGAUAACAGACAUGCAACUUCAGAUACCAUCUCAUAGUUUGCUUCCCAAGGAAGAGGAGCUCAAAACUUAUGAACACGAGCACGGAAUUACAACCCAAGACAAAUCCAUAGAGGAAGAGCAUGCCAAGAAAAUAGAAAUGCCAGCUGAUGAAAAUGGGGGAUAUUUUUUUGCUGCGAGGUCAGUAGAAGAGACAAUCUUGCACAAGGAAGAGCUCAGGGAGCUCAAAGUUUCUGAAUUGGCUCCAGAAGAGUUGAAUGCUGAUGAAACAGAAGAAAUCAAAGAAACCUUUGAAACAGUGUCUAAAGCUGAUUCUCAAAGCACUGAUGUAGUUUCCAAAGAUGAGAUCAUUGCUUAUCAGAUAGUCCAUGAAGGGAUAUCAAAAGAGCAACUUCAGAUACCAUCUUCUAUAUUGCUUCAUGAGGAAAAGGAGAUCAAAGCUUCUGACGAUGAACAUGGAACUACCUCGGAAGAGAUAUGUCCACAAAAGGAAGAGCCCAAGAAUGCCAAGGUUUCUGAAAUGGCUCUGAAGACAAUGGAUGCAGAUGAAACUGCAGAAGAAACAGAAGAAACUUGUGAAACAGCAAAUAAAUUUGCUUCUCAAAGCACUGAUGUAGUUACCGAAGAUGAAGUUGUCGAUGAUCAGACACUCUGUAAAGUGACAUUAAAAGAGACUCCAUCUACUGCAUUGCUCACAGGUGAAACGAAGCAUGCCACAAUCACUACGACAGAAGAAGAAAACAUGAGCAAUGUGCAAAUACAGGAUGAUGAGAACGGAAACGCUACAAGCACUGCAGAAGAGAAAAGCUUGCCAAAGGAAGAGCCAAGCGAACUCAAAGUGUCUGAUGUUGAGCUUUACUCUAGUAAAGAAUUACAAAAGGAAAGUUCAAAUGAAGUUCAUGAGGAAGAACGGAGCUCUCUGAUAGGAGUUCCAGAAGUAGAGCCUCAUGAAGAUGAAGAAGGGGAAAGAUAUGAUGAUUCUCCAUUGGGGAACCAGAAAACCACAGAACUAAAAGGAACAACCAUGGAAGCCUCCAAUCUUGACAUUGAAACAAGUGAAAAUGCUUCUGACUGUGCUCCAGAAGAAGGCUUCAGCAGAUCACAAGAUGCUACGAUAAACAGAGAGCACCUAAAGAAUGAAGCAAAUGAAACAAAUGAAACCAUAAAGAACGAAGUUUCAAAUGAACAGAAGCAUCUUGAGGUAGCAAUAUCUGAUUCAAGGGCAGAAGAGAGGUGGUGUGAGACAACAAUUGAAGCAAAUGAAACCAGAAAGAAUGAAGUUUCAAAUGAAGAGAUCGAGGCCGAAAAGCUAGAGGCGAAAGAUUUGCGGCCGAUUUCUGUUAGUGGAGAAAACAUCAGCCAUAGAGAACAAGAAAAUGAGUUGAUAGCUGAAAAAUAUGAAGUAGAGAAGAGUGAAUCAUUUAAUACCGCAAGAAAUGAAAAUCGGGACAACGAGGAAUCCCCGAAAGAAACUACAAAAGUGGCUAAAGAUUUAACUGAAGACAAAGAACUUCAAACCAAAGAGAAUCUGUGUGACACAACAGUUGAAGCGAAUGAAAAAAUUAAGGCUGGACUUUCAAAUGACGAGAUCAAGGAGGAUAAGGAACUUCCAAAGGAUUCUGAGGCAGACUCUGUCAGAGAAGAGAGCCAUCAAGAAAAAAAAGCAAUAGCUGAAGAGUAUCAAGUAGAGAAGACCAAUGAAAGUUCUGUGAUCAGAACAAACGAAAAUCGGGGCGAGUUGCCUGAGGAGAAAGAUACAACAGCUAGCAAAGAAGUGCGAACUGAAGAGGAAGAAGAAGAGCACGAAAAUGCUGAAGAAGUAAAAACAUAUGAAGAGACGGGAGAAAAUGAACACAAAAAUGCAGAGCCAGGCUAUGAUUCUCCCGUCAUUGUAGAAGCCUCUAGAGAUGCUGAUGCAAAGAUUUCACAUAAGAAAUCCCAUAAUAUCCUUUCGGGUAUCAAGCAUUCAAUAUCCAAGGUGAAGAAAGCCAUUACCGGCAAGUCUUCUCAUUCAAAGACACAAUCAGAAAAAUAAAUAAAUAAAAAACAAAACCAAGUCGGUUCCGACAGUUGAAGAAUUGGAUGAAUAAAGGUUUUAUGUGGGUGUGCUUUUUCUAAGAGGUUUGAGUGUGGUAUGUGUGCUUGUGCAGCUUGUAUAAGUUCAAUAUUCUUUAUUUGUAUAAAGUGAGUUAAAGAAUUGCCUGAUUGUAAAUUUGUAAUCUUUUUGCCAAUUUCUAGUGCAUUCUGUUUAGGCAUAUAUACAAGAAAAUGGAGUGUACAGAGCCAUUGUGUUCAUCACUUUGUUUAUUUGAGUGAAAUUUUAUUUUAUUUUUCUCAA